AUGUGUGCACAUUAUGCAUUUCGCGACAAAAAUGGGUUUAGCAUCCAGUCAACAUCAAUGUUGUUGAAAAGACCGUGUGGUUUAGGCUAUGACACUGCUACAUCAUGGUGUUUUGAAGGAAUGAGGUUUAUCAGAUUGGAUGAAGGUGGUUUCCAAAAAAGGGAUACUGAUUGCAAGCCCUUCCGUAUCUUGGACUCAACGCCAAGAUCUUUGGGACUUAUUCACUAUUUUGAACCACCUUCAAUUUUUAAAGAUCAAGGUUUUUUGCUAGAUGAUGAAAUGAUUAAAUGUCCAAUUCCUAAAAACUUACCCAAUUUCCAGGAAUAUGUUAUACAUCAUGGAAGAACUUUCAUAGAAGAGAAUAGUGCCAAUGUUGCGAGAAAUCAUUGGAGACCAGGAGCAGACGUGGUUGAUAAUACUGAGAAUAAUCCAAAACAACUGGCUGGCUUUGAAGUGGCAUACUAUAGGCUGGUGAAUGUCGAUGUUCAGACUUCUAUUUUGAAAAUUUUGAAUGGCCUAAGAAUGAAUAACGCUUUAGCUACUGGAACAACUACUUUUGAAAGGCUCGAUGACUUUACCGAUCCAACACUUAGUUUCGAGAAGUUUCAAAAACAUGGGUUUUGCUUGCAAGUUGAAAGCACUGGUAAACUUGCAAUAACUUUUGAAAGGGUUGAAAAAUUAUUAUUAUUCAUGAUUGAAGAUCUUUUUGCAAAAGAUCAUAAUGAAGAAUACAUUGAUAAGAAAGUUGCAGAGCAAAGAGCAUCAAUUGCAUUUUGCAGGUUAAAAUGUCGGAAAGGAGCACCAGAGACAACAUGUCCAAUAACUAUAGUCAAACACUUGACAGCAAGCUUGAGGGAUCUAUUAUGGAAUCUUACUAAAACUCUGAUGCAUAAUGAUGAUAUGAUUUUGAGUGAUAUCGGAAGUCGUAACAUAUAUACUGGACGUGUUAUUUCCAAGAAGAAGCUUACUCUGUACAUGUAUCCUGACUUGGUUCUUAAUUCUGCAAGAAAUUCAGUCAUUACAGAGCCUUCAGAAGCUACUUCUGUCACAUCUAAUGCUCCAUUACUUGUUUCUCCAUUUGUUCCACCGCCUUCUUAUGAAGAAUCUCUGAACAAUGGCUGA